AUGGCAAGUCAACAGCAAGCAGAGAGAGCGUGCGAGCAGCAAGCAGAGAAGAGAGCAGCAAGCAGAGGAGAGAGAGAGCGCACGAGCAGCAAGCGGGGGAAGAGAGCGCGCGAGCAGCAAGGAGAGGAGAAAGCGCCUGAGGAGCAAGUGAGGGAAGAGAGAGCAGCAAGCAGAGGAGAGAGCAGCAAGCGAGCAGCAAGCAGAGGAGAGAGCGCGCGAGGAGCAAGCAGAGGAGAGAGUGCGCGAGGAGCAAGCAGAGGAGAGAGCGCGCGAGGAGCGAGCAGAGGAGAGAACAGAGGAGAGAGCGCGCGAGGAGCGAGCAGAGGAGAGAACAGAGGAGAGAGCGCGCGCGAGGAGCGAGCAGAGGAGAGAGCGCGCGAGGAGCGAGCAAAGGAGAGAGCGCGCGAGCAGCGAGCAGAGGAGAGAGCGUGCGAGGAGCAAGCAGAGGAGAGCGCGCGCGAGCAGCAAGCAGGGCAGAGCAAGCGAGCGCUUGUGCAAAGGGGCCAGCGAGAGAUUGACAAGCAAGCAAGAGCGAACACGAGCGCGCAGCCAGGCAAGCAAACAGCGGCGCAGGAGCCAGAGCGCGAGGAGCCAGGCCGGCAAAGGCGUGAGCCCGGGGGACGUAAAAGGCGGCGCAGGGGGGAGAGAGGGAUCGUGGCAGGAGACAGCAUCUGA